AUGCAAUCGUUCCUAUUUGCCUUCACCCUUUUGGGGCUUAUUCCAGGUCUCUUUGCUCUCCCCACCAACGGCGGUCCUCACAUCGAACAUCCUCUCGAGAAACGCGGUGCUCGCACUACCGCUCCAACAGGAUGUCUCUCGGUUGGGUCUGGAUCCACGUACUCGACCAUCGCUUCUGCCAUCAAGGCUCUCGGCAGCUCAAAAAAUGAUGCAUGUAUCUACAUCAAGAGCGGAACUUACAAAGAGCAAUUGACUAUCGACUACGCUGGAGCUCUGACUCUGUACGGCGAAACCGCCGAUACUUCAAGCUACAAGUCCAACAAGGUUCUGAUCACCCAUGGAAUUAGCUCUCCAGCUGCUGGUAGUCUCGAUGCAAGCUCGACUAUCAACAUUAAAGUAGCAAAGUUCACGAUGUACAACAUCAAUGUCGAAAACAGCUUUGGGACAGGUGCUCAGGCUGUUGCAGUAACUGCGAACGCUGAUAAGCUUGGCUUUUAUGGCUGCUCUUUCCUUGGUUAUCAGGAUACUCUUUACGUCAAGGCUGGCACUCAGUACUAUUCCAACUGCUUGGUCAAGGGUGCUGUUGACUACAUAUUCGGUGACGCUUCUGCCUGGUUCGACUCCUGCACCAUCAUGAGCAAUGGUCCUGGUGCCAUCACUGCUUCGUCCCGCACAACUAGCGACGAGUCUACCUGGUAUGUCUUCAACAACGUCAAUGUCGUGUCCGACGGCACAGAUCUUGUCGGAAAAGUAUUCCUUGGACGCCCUUGGAGAGUCAACGCGAGGGUCAUGUUUCAGAAAUCACAACUAUCGAACAUCAUUAACGCAGCUGGAUGGACCGAAAUGGCCGAUGGUGCUACACCCAAAUACUACGAAUACAAAAAUACGGGUGACGGUUCCAACACUUCUAAGCGUAAGUGGACGAUCAAUGCCACUGGUGCAAUCAGCAUCAACACUGUUUUGGGAGACAGCUAUGCUUCUUGGGUCGAUCAGACCGGUACUGGUUCGACCUCAGCGGUUUCGUCUGUUGCCGGCUCCAAGGCAAAGAAUGUCACUACUACAAAGUUAGCCGCAGCCAAAGGUCCUGUCUGCACGCCGGUUACAGGAGGCUCUGCCAGCAAAGACGACUCUCCUGCCAUUUACGCUGCUAUUCAAAAGUGCGGAAACGGUGGCACCAUUGUUAUACCUGCUGGCAAGACAUACUAUCUGAACACUGUUCUUGAGUUUGACGGCUGCAAGUCUUGUGUAUUUCAACUUGACGGUACCCUGAAGGCUUCGGACGACCUUACUUACUGGGAAGGUAAAACUGCUAUCCUCCAUCUUAAAGAUGUACCGGCUCUUACAUUUACCGGCGCUGGUGUCAUCGAUGGCAAUGGACAAAAAGCUUGGGAUCGCUUUGCAACUGACAGCUCAUACAAACGACCUACCCUCUUCUACAUCGAUGGAGGGCACGAUAUCAACAUGCAUGGUUGGAAGAUGAUCAACCCACCCAAUGUCUUCCACUCUGUCAAGGGUAAUGCUCUCAACAUUGCUUACUCCAACCUCAACAUGUCUGCCNGCUUUGACAUCGGCGCCUCAACCUUUGUCACUCUCAGCGAUAUCACUGUCCUCAAUAACGAUGAUUGCGUCGCUUUCAAGCCGGGCGCCAACCACACCACUGUUACCGGCAUCACUUGCACUGGAUCUCACGGUCUGUCCGUCGGCUCGCUCGGCAAAUCGAGUGCUGACACAGUCGCAAACAUCUAUGUCUCAGACGCCACCAUGGUCUCUUCGACCAAGGCUGUCGGCAUCAAAACAUAUCCCAUGGGCAAUGGUCAUGGUAUCUCGACAGUCACCAAUGUCACAUACAGCAACAUCAAGGUCCAGAACUCUGACUACGCUAUCCAGAUCCAGAGCUGCUAUGGUGAAGAUGAGAGUUACUGCACGACCAAUGGUAACAAUGCUAUCUUGAAGGGGAUUGUAUUUGAGAAUUUCUCGGGUACUACCAGCAAGAAGUACACACCUGCGACCAGUAAUCUGAACUGUGGUGCCAACGGGGCUUGUGAUGUGAAAGUCAAGAAUUAUACUGUCAAGGCUGGGUCCGGGGCUGGCGAGGUGCUCUGUGCCAACACACCAGGUUCCUUGGGCGUCACUUGCACGAAGGGCGCAUCUGGCUGA